AUGGCCAGCACUACCCCAACUAAAGAAGACUUUUAUUUCAUUCCUCUAGAUGACAAAAAUGUGAGCCUUUCGGCCAUACGACAUGAGCUUGAGCAGUUUAACCUCUCAUUCAGCCUGAUUCGGGAAGAAAUAAUCCUAAUGUCACACACCCUGCCACAAAUCGACGGCAGGGUCGCUCGACUCAUGAUGUAUAACAAACUACUAAUAAAUUCAAUUGAUAAACAACUAUACCCAGAUAUUCCACAAACGCCUAUUACCGCCACUGCGCCACGGGCACCAUGGCAAGACGAAAUGGAUAAGGCAGGACCAGAUUACAAAUAA